AUGUUUAGUCUUGCGCGAUUCGGGACCGUUGCAGGUUUAUUCUUACUGGCUCAAGCAGCCCCAGCUCCGCUGCGCAGAGAUGUCAGCUCCUCUCUCCUCAAUAACCUGGACCUCCUUGCGCAGUACAGUGCCGCUACAUACUGUUCUGAGAACCUGAACUCUACCGGGACUAAAUUGACAUGCUCUGCUGGAAACUGUCCUCUGGUGGAAGCGGCAUCUACCAAAACAUUAGAUGAGUUCAACGAAUCAUCCUCUUACGGCAACCCCGCCGGCUACCUCGCGGCCGAUGACACUAACAAACUGGUAGUCCUGUCAUUCCGGGGCAGCUCGGACUUGGCCAACUGGGUAGCCAACCUCAACUUUGGCCUUGAGGACGCCAGCGAUCUGUGUUCGGGAUGUGAAGUGCACAGCGGUUUCUGGAAGGCAUGGAGCGAAAUCGCCGAUACUAUCACUUCCAAGGUGGAAUCUGCAUUAUCAGCUCAUUCCGGUUACUCCUUGGCCUUGACGGGCCAUAGUUACGGUGCUGCGCUCGCCGCCCUCGCAGCGACUACUCUGCGCAAUACAGGACAUACUGUUGAGCUAUACAAUUAUGGACAACCUCGCCUUGGAAAUGAGGCAUUGGCCACGUAUAUAACCAACCAAAACAAGGGCGGCAACUAUCGUGUCACGCACACUAACGAUAUUGUGCCGAAGCUGCCACCUACGCUACUCGGAUAUCAUCACUUUAGUCCAGAGUACUUCAUCAGUAGCGCUGACGAGGCAACUGUGACCACCGCUGAUGUGACUGAAGUUACGGGAAUUGAUGCGACGGGCGGCAAUGACGGAACCGACGGAACUAGCAUUGAUGCCCAUCGGUGGUACUUUAUUAACAUUAGCGCAUGUUCGUAG